AUAUUUGUGGAUUUGUUUGACAAGGAGACACUGGGGUCUCAGGAAAACAGGCCAAGGAAACAGAGGUUGGACCUCAGACAUGUGUCCCAUGAAGUGAUCUCUUUUAAAACCUGACACCUAGCUUUCUAAGCUCUUGGACUUGGAUUUAAUCAUCUAGGAGGUCUCUUGCAGCUCUAAAAAUAAUAACUAACAUCUAUAUAAUGCUUACUUUGAACCAGUCCCUAUGCCAAGUGCUUGGCAAACAUCUCAUUCAAUCCUCGCAACAACCUUUGAAGGUAGGUGCUCUUAUAACCCCUAUUUUUAGGAUGAAGAACUUGAAGCAGUCAGAGUCAAGUGAUUUGCCCAGAGUACCAGAAGUAGUAAUGUCUGAGGCUAAUUUUGAACUCAGGUCUUUCUGACUCUAAGUCCAGUUCUCUGUCCACUGCACUACUUAACUAUUGGAUCAUAGGUAGAUUUAUUUUCUUCUGUUUCUCUCCUAAACAUAGUCUCUCCUCUCAUGGCUGUUUUCUCUCCCUACAGGUUAUAAACAUCAAAUGAGCUUCCCUUGCUUCACAAACAUAUCAUGGAGCUCUUGCUACAAAACCUUCAAACUCAGCUUCACUAUUACCAACAUGUUUUACACAACAAAGAUGAAUCAAAAGGACACCAGAACAUUCAAGGCUGCUGAGCAUAUCCUACAAAUCUUGCUCAAGGUAUUGUUUGGAAGCAGCAAGCUUGGCUCUCAGUAUUGUGGAUGCAGUGGCCUUUCACUGAGGUCUCUGAGGAACAGCAUAGCAACUGGAGUAGAUAUACUCUGCACUUUCAAGAAGGACUCCUCCAACCUUGUCCUGGACAAAAAGGUGGUUUCCUGGGAGCUGACUGAACAGCUCUGUAGAAGAGAGCUAAAACACCUGGUUAUAGACAAUGAUAGCCUCAUUGUGAAUGGGUAUCAACAUAAGCUGCCAGGAAUCAGAUCCACAAAGAGAAGUGAGGUUGGUGUAGGACCUGUCACCCAUAUCCCAGACCAUGGAGAACCAGGAAAAAUCAUGACAUCACUGACUAGUGGCCUCCUGAUCCGUGAAUCCCCUGUAUAUGCUAUAGAGAGUGACAUUGGUGUAGGGCCCUUCACCCAUAUCCCAGAACAUGGAGCACCUGGAGACAUGACAUCAGUGACCAGUGAAUCUACUGUAUGUGCCAUGGGAUUCUCUACUGAGACUUCAGGGACACUGAAGAAUGUGAGUGGAUCUGACCAGGGAAGAGAACCAACGAACUCCACCAGUAUCCCUAUGACUGGCUUUAUCGGGAGAGAUUCCAUUGCUUACACUGAAACGGACAUACGUGUCAUGGAGACAACCUUGGAAGCCACAGCCACUCAAGACCCACUUCUCACUGUGCCCACUGGAGCAGGUGACCUCAUCCCUGGGAUGCACAGGAGAACUGUGUCCUCUCCCACCGAAACCUCAGUUCCAUCUGAGAUAUCCUCUGGAGUCACCAUUGCCAUUGCAAGGACCUCACUCUCCAUGACUCCAGUAGAAAUCACAGCUAGCCCCGGCUCCAGUGCUCCCUUAAACAUCAGCCUAAGCACAAGAACAGCUUCCCUUGAGCCUGCUACUUCGUUGGAGGACCCAGGGCCAGCCGGCCUGACUCCAGAAACUGAGAGAAACCCACAGGCAACACCAACUCCAGCUAUCACCCUGCCUCCAGCCAGCACACAGGAAGUUUGCACAACAGCAUCUCCCAGUCCUCCUGACACAACCACAGAGGGCAGCAGUGUCCAGGCAGGGACAGCCUCUGUUUCUGAUCAGGAGCCUUCCACUUCCAGCCUCUUCCCAAGAGGUGAUGCUGGUGUGGUGCCAGACACACAUGCCCAAGGCCAUGAUGCACCAGGAAGCACAGUAGCACCAAUAAGGAGCUCCCUCACCCCUGUGUCUACUAUUAUUCCCACAGGUCCAAAUAUUGUUCCCCCUUUCCUUCGGUCCCCCUCUUGGAGAGAUGCAGCAGGGAGAUACAACUGGAAGAGCUUCAUCCUUAACUUCACCAUCACCAACAUGUUUUAUACAACCAAGAUGGCUCAAAGGGAUUCCAGCACAUUCCGUCUUCCUGAAUGUUUCCUGCAGCGCAUGUUCAAGGUAUUGUUUGAAAGAAGCAGCCUUGGCUUUCAGUAUUGUGGAUGCAAUGUGAUCUUGCUGAGGUCUAUGAAAAAUGGGGCAGCAACAGGAGUGGAGGUUAUAUGUUUUUAUAAGGAAGUUUUCUCUGUCCCCGUCUUGGACAAGAAGAAGAUUUACCAAGAGCUGAGUCAAGAGACUAAUGGAAUAACAAGGCUUGGACAUUAUAUUCUAGAUAAGAAAAGCCUCUAUGUGGAUGGGUAUAACCCUCAGAUGAUGCCACCCCCCUACACAAAAGAAUCAGUCUACCACCAUGGGUCCAGAAGAUGGAGGAAAGUCUACCGAAUGAAUGGGCAUCUGUUUCAAUCCAAACGUUUUAACAGAAGAGCCUACUGUGCCCAGUGCAGUGAAAGGAUAUGGUGUCUCGGAAGGCAAGGCUACAAGUGUAUCAAGUGCAAAUUACUGGUCCAUAAAGGUUGUCAUAUUUUUGUACCACGGACCUGCAAAAGGCAUAUGGAUUUGAUGAUGCCAUCCCAAGAAACUCAAGUAGAGGAUAAAAAUGAUAAUGUUGACCUUCCCUCCGAAGAAAAUGAUGGACUCGCUUAAGUUCUCUCAACCUGGAAACACGACAGCCUUAAAGAUGAUUCUGGGGACAUUAAGCCAGUUAUCGAUGGGAUGGAUGGAAUUAAAAUAUCUCAGGGGCUCGGGCUGCAUUGCCACUAAUGGAUAAAUCCAUUACCCUCAAUUGUAUUGUA